AUGCUUUGGCUACAGAAACUGGGUCUGCUCAUAGCGAGCACGACAGCACUUGCGAACCCGCAGCCUGACCAUGAUGGGGAGUACUCACCAUUGGCCCGCGCGCCAUACAAGGACCCAUCCCUCCCUGUUGGAGACCGAGUCAAAGAUCUGGUGUCUCGCAUGACAAUCCAGGAAAAGACCGCUCAGCUCAUGCAAGGCGACAUCUCCAAUUGGUUCAAUACGACCACAGGUGCCUUCAACCAAUCAGGGCUGGAAGCGAACUUUGAGCAGAAGGCUGGCAUGGUCUGGGCCGGUUACACCAUCCCAUGGGACUGGCUGGCUUCUAACAUCAAACGAGGCAUUGAUUAUGCCGUGAACAGCACCCGCCUCGGAAUACCGCCCAUCGUGCAGACCGAGGGCAUCCACGGCUUCCGUGUCGGGAAUGCCACCAUCUUCAACUCCCCAAUAGGCUACGCGUGCAGCUGGAACAGAAUGCAAGUACAGGCCAUGGCCGUCCAGAUCGCUCGCGAGGCCCAAGCUCUUGGCAUAUCGCAGGUGUUUGCACCACUUGCAGAUCUGGCUCGAGAGCCUCGUUAUGGCCGCGUCGAGGAAACCUUUGGGGAAGAUGGUUACUUGGCUGGAGAGAUUGCUUACGCUUACGUGAAAGGCGUGCAGAGUCUGAACGUCAGUGCUAUGGUAAAGCACUUUACAGCAUCAAGCGAACCGGAGCAGGGCUUGAACACGGGACCAGUGCAUGGAGGCGAGCGUGAGCUACGAACCACAUGGCUGCCAAGCUACAAGAAGGCGAUUGUCGAUGCUGGAGCUUGGGCCAUCAUGAGCGCCUAUGCGAGCUAUGAUGGAGUGCCGCAAGUCGCUGAUGAGCACACGCUUACCGAGAUAUUGAGAGAUGAAUGGGGCUACAAAUUCUGGGUGUCGUCGGAUGCUGGCGCUACCGAUAGGCUGGCGAAGCCGUUCCGCAUUUGCCCAAGUCCUCUCACUAAGUAUGGCAGUCCUAUAACUGAGGGCAACGAAUGUGUGACUUUGAAUGCUCUUCCUGCCGGCGGUGACGUCGAGAUGGGUGGAGGCAGCUUCAGCUACAGGUCUAUACCAGACCUGGUCGCGUCAGGGCGCUUGGAUGUCGCCGUGGUCGAUACUGCUGUCAGUCGUGUGCUUCGAGCGAAAUUCGAGAUGGGCCUGUUCGAGCGGCCAUACCAGAUCGCACCUGAGAGUGAAUGGAGCAGCAUUAUCCGCGGACCAGAUGCUCAGCAGUUGGCAAGAGAAGUGGACAGAGACAGCAUUGUGCUGCUGAAGAAUGAUCACCAAAUCUUGCCAAUCAGCAAAGACAAAAAGGUCGCCGUCAUUGGUCCAAUGGCCCAUGGAUUCAUGAACUAUGGAGACUACGUCGUAGAUGGCUCUCAAUAUCGUGGAGUAACGCCGCUGGACGGGAUCCAGGCCGCACUAGGCAAUGACCGCGUCAGUUAUGCGCAAGGCUGUGCACGCUGGAGCUUGAACCAGUCUGGCUUUCCUGCCGCCGUCGAAGCUGCUAGCAAAGCCGACGUUGCCAUAGUCGUCGUCGGCACGUGGAGUCGCGAUCAAGUCGAAUUAUGGCAAGGCUUAAACGCAACCACAGGCGAGCACGUGGACCUAUCUUCUCUGAACCUCGUCGGCGCACAAUCAGAUCUUCUCAGAGCAGUCAUCAACACCAAGACUCCUACCGUCGUGGUCUUUUCAAGUGGCAAACCGAUCACCGAAGACUGGAUUUCGAACACAACCGCAAGUCUCGUGCAGCAGUUCUAUCCUUCAGAGCAAGGAGGAAACGCCCUAGCAGAUAUCCUGUUCGGCGCUGUUUCUCCCAGUGGCAAGCUCUCAGUCUCGUUCCCGCACGAUGUCGGUACCCUCCCAAUCUACUACGAUCAUCUCAACUCAGCACGACAAAUCGGAGACUCAGGCUUCGUAGGUGCGGACGGACAGCUUUACUUCGGCCAUCAAUAUGUUCUCAACACGCCUAAUCCGUGGUUUCCAUUCGGAUACGGACUCAGCUACACCAAUUUCUCAUACUCCAACGUCACGCUCGAUAAAUCGAACGUCUCAUCUACAGACACCAUCACCGCCUCGGUAUCGGUCACGAACCAGGGCACGAGAGACGGCGCCGAGGUCAUUCAGCUUUACGUCAAGGACAUGAUCGCCAGUGUCGAUGUCCCGAACAUUCAGCUCAAAGGUUUCGAGAAAGUCAUGUUUCACGCAGGCGAGACGAAAGACGUCAAAAUCUCCUUGAACGUCAGCGAUGUCGGUCUCUGGAAUCGAAAAAUGCAAUACGUCGUCGAGCCCGGCGAAUUCGUGGUUUAUAUGGGCUCGUCAUCGGCCGAUUUGGCGCAUAAUGCUAGCUUUUGGGUCGAGGGUAUGAGCUACUGA